AUGGAGGCUAUUUUUUGCUCAGGAAAAGAUUCGAAUUAUUCUACCGUAACUACGCAGUCGUUUAAGAUUAGCCCUUUAGCUCGUGAAGCAUGCGUCAUCACCCUUAGUGACGUUAUCCUCGUAUGCAAUAAAGAGAUAUUGUAUUUCUCUCACGAAACUGUUACGAAAGUCCAAUCUCGUAAGAGGUGUCCCUUGAAAGGAAGUUGUGUUGGAAGGAAAUGUGGAGCAGUAAACGCCACGACCCUUGUCAGCGAACUUUCAGAAGCUAACGCUUUUCCCGGAAUAACGUACUGUACGGAAUCAUGCGGGUUCUGGGGAUGUAACUGUGGCUCCCUCUUCCGGAUAGUUUACAAAAAGCCAGUUAGUACGGAAAUAUACGAAAUUUUCCAAUGCCCUACUUGGUACGAAACCGUAAACGUAAGUCUGGAAAUCUCUUUUUCGAGUGGUAAAACGCGUAAAUAUUUCCUGGCUCUCCAACCAAACGUACAAAAGACUAUUUUUCGAUGA